AUGUCGCUUGAGCAUCGUCAUGACAUCGAUAGACCGUGGAAGCCAGAACACGAUAAGCAACGUGUCUCACGUUACAUGGCGGAUUGCCUGGCCUAUCGCAGACCACAGCUGGAUGCACUAGAGGCAGACAUGGAGGCGACUAUCAUCGCGCCGCUACGGAUGAUGCACCAACGGGUUAACGACUUCUACAAGGACAUGGAUAAAGAGGCCGAGCUUAUUAUGGAAGAGUUCAAAGACAAAGCUGGCAUCGACCCUGAGGACAUAGAGGAAAGCCGGCAAGCGCUGUUGGCGCUUCGAUGUAGGUGGAUCAGCAUCAUGCCACCUCUGUCUUCCUUGGAGAUUCAGCCGCCGAUGCCCACAUCAUUGCCGGCGCCCAUUGAAAGCCUCCCCCACCCCACCGAGGAUCCCGAAUGGCAGGAACCCCCUCCAUCAAACACAGCCAGCGACCUCAACGCAACAGCUGCGUCCUUGGAUGGUCUUCCUGUUUAUACCCUCGACGAUGAGGCUGAUUCAGAUUACCACCCGGAUCAGGAACGAAGGACCAGAAAGCCGAGGAGCGGCCAGCCUAGGAAGCGCCAGACGCACAACGAGUCCUCUCCGCGUGGACCGCAGAAGAAGCGGAAGACUCAGAAAAACGUCUCCAUACGAUCUCCAACACACACCCUACGUGCUCAAAGCCCGCUGACGCCUAAAAGCAUCAAUGUCGCCCCUGAGGCUCAAAUGGGGAUCCAUGAAACGUCGAACUCUGCUAGUGCCGACGAGGACUGGGCCUUGCAAGUUGCGCUCAUGCGUGACAGCGUAGGAGGCAAAAGCAAUAGACAGAGUAAUGGCGAGAGUAGCUCUGCCAAUAUAGACGAGGGGAGUGCUGCCGAGUCAGGACAAAGAGACUUUAGUAGAAGCGUCGGAAACGCCAAGAGCAUAGCCAGCUCUGCUACUGACCAUACACCUACACGCAAAGGGAAAGAGCCGGAAAGGCCGCGCAUGUGGCAAGAACCCAUCGCACGCCGGGGUGCGCCUACCACUAUGCAAGAUGGGGACGAUCCAGAAGUUGACCCCUUUGCGGAAUCAUCAUAG